GUUACUUUAUGGUGCUUAUCAUCCGAUAGGUAGGGAGGAGGGGGGCCCGCCUGCUGAUAGGUGGGAGAACAGAGACGCUCCAGAGGAGAGGACACAGAAGAGAGAAGAGUGUCCGUGGCAGAGGCGGGAGGCAUGAGUGAGACGAACUCAGUUGACCUGUGAACUGGAAUAACGUUUACUCUCACUGCAAGGGUCAGAGAGACAGGUUUCAGAGGCCACAAUGAGAAUACCCUUUGACAUGAACCAAUAUCUUUUGAGAUGGGUCCUCUGUAUCCUAAUGCUACUCUUCAUUAUUUACUGCACUCCUUCCACUGUCAGUAUUUUGAAAAGGCCGACCCCUAUGAAAGCACAUUCUAGAGGGAGAAACCUCUUGGAUUACAGUACAGACAUCACCUUAGACCUUUGGUACAGAACGGAUGUUCAAACACACACAAGCUGGGGAGCUCCCAUCAUGUGGGAAGGCAUAUUCCAGGCUGAUCUGUACGACCAGACUCACAGGACAAAUCGAUCGUCUGUGGCGCUCACUGUGUUCGCCGUGGGCAGGUACCUGGACGCCUACCUCGGGGCCUUCCUGAACUCCUCCGAGCGUCACUUCAUGGUGGGUCUCCCGGUGAGGUACUACAUAUUCACAGACCUGCCCGAGAAGGUGCCUGACCUCCAGCUGGGCCCUCAGCGAAGCCUGGAGAUCAUCAGAGUGGAGGGCCACUCCCGUUGGCAGGACAUCUCCAUGGCCCGCAUGAAGACUAUCGCGGACACCAUUGAGUCUGUCAUCCGUCACAGCAGCACCCACGUCUUCUGCAUGGACGUGGACCAGGUGUUCACGGCCAGGUUCGGCUCGGAGGCUCUGGGCGACCUGGUGGCCCUGCUCCACGCCUACUACUACAACCUCCCCAAGGGGAGGUACACGUACGACCGCAACCCGCAGUCCAGCGCCUUUAUGGUGACGGGGGACUUCUACUACCACGCGGCCGUGUUCGGAGGCUCCUGCGCCAGCGUGAAGGCCCUGGCCGAGGUCUGCUAUCAGGGGAUCCUGCGGGACAUGGAGAACGGCGUGGAGGCACUGUGGCACGACGAGAGCCACCUCAACAAAUACUUUUGGCUGCACAGACCCAGCAAGGUGCUCUCCCCAGAGUACUGCUGGGACCCAGUCAUUGGCCAGAAGAGCGACAUACGUGUGGCCAGGCUACUCUGGGCGCCAAAGAAUUACAAAGAACUGCGCCCCAAUGUCUAAAUGGGAGACAGGGAGUAUUUUAUUUGUUGUGAUGUCAUAGGGAAGCAUUUAAAGAUUUUUUUAAAUAAAUGCAAAAAUGUUAUGGCGGGGUGCUGUUUCUUCGAACAGUCGAUAGAGGGCUAAAUCCCCUGGUUCUUCGCGUGUUUGAUCUCACGCAAAUAAUGCAUUGAGAAAUCAGUGUGCAAAGGUUAAACCGGCCAUCCCCACACACACUCAAAGAGAGAUCUCUCUUGCAUGGCAAUAUGGAGCACCAGCACAUGUAUCAUUAUCUACAAGUGAUGCACAAACUAAUGUGUUUGUUGAAGCCUUCUCUAGAUUGCUUGCACUCACUUUGACCUAUUUAAAAAAAAAUAAAAAUCUUUCAACUCUAAAAUUAGAACUUAAACUGGGUUGAACUUUAACUCCAGCCAACACAGGUAGAUUGUGGUGUUGUUGUUACAGAUGCAAACCUAAACUUUAAUAGCCACAUAAAGACCAUCACAGAAUCCUCCUAUCACAUUUAAAACAUAGCAGGAAUUAAGGGUUUUUCCAUGUCCAUACAAGACCAUAAAGACUCCUCUUUAAAGCAAUUGGUUAUUCCUUUUAUCAGGGCUCAAACAUUUGGAUUGAAAUUGAUAAAUCUUAGAUUUUGAAUUUUACCCAGAUACUCAAGCAGAAAGGGUGGCCAAAGAGAGCAAGAAAUAUAACAAAAUAGUCGUAUCUUUAUCAAUUGACACAGAUACAUGCAGGGUUGCUAACAAAUUCAUUAUCUCACGAGAAAGAAGGGCUACUCAGAUGAUAACAAAACUCAACAAACAAGACUGCUGAUCGCUACAGGUGCCUAUAGGGAUGAAGGGAAUAUGGGGGUCCGUACCUCAUGCAGGCACUCCACAAGAGUUGAUGGAUGAACCGGGGACAGCGAUCAUGCGAUCUAGGAGAGGUUAUCAAAUUAUAAUGGUAAUCCUCAGUGAUUUGUCACUGUGAACUCCAGCCACUAAAGACACAAAAUAAAAGGGUUUAGAGGAAAUGUGUGUGUGUGUGUGUGUGUGUGUGUGUGUGUGUGUGUGUGUGUGUGUGUGUGUGUGUGUGUGUGUGUGUGUGUGUGUGUGUGUGUGUGUGUGUGUGUGUGUGUGUGUGUGUGUGUG